CGUUCAUUUCAAAACAUUUUUUAGUUUUCAAAUUUCUAACAUAGAAAACAUAAAAAACUAUACAAUGGAAUCACAUCGAUGGAAAGCAAUAUUAUUCGAAUGGGUCAGAAAAACUGGACUUGUUGAAAUUAAUGGCACAUUUGAUCAGAUUAAUUUGAACACAUUCUUUAAGAAUUCCAUAGUCAAAUUACAAAAAAGUGAUCCCAACCUCAGUGAUGACUUGAAAACAUUCUUAGCAGAACACUUCCCAGACUACGAUGUUUUGGUUGACGAAUCGUCAAAUAUUUCAUCGCAGGACUUUAUGUACAUAUUUUCUUUGUUUCUGUUCUACUCAUGUGUGCUUCGCAUUAAUGAAUUCUUUCAACAAGCAUGCCAAAGCUUAAGUGAAGAAUAUCAGCCGUUUGUGUUCAAAUUCUUUUCAAGUCUCAAGCAAGCACAGGAAGAUAAAACUCACAUAACAAAAGAGUUUCUUCGUAACGCUAUCAAGGAAGCUUUUUUGUUUUCACCACAUCCCAAAUUUAUCAGCUCUAGUCCGAUUAAAAAUGAUACGCCAAUAUUGGAAACACCACCAAGUCAUACGCUUUUGUCUGAAAAAUCGAAGGAAUUACAAAAGACGAGAAUUAUGUUAGAAGAUGAGCGUUACGAACGUUACAUAUUGGAAUCAGAUAUCAAACAAAGCGAACACAGAAUUGAAGGACUUUUGAGGGAGCAAAAAUUACUUAAACAAGAACUUCACGCAAUGCAAAUGCUUCACAUGGAGGAAACAUCAUCAAACGACAAUGACGCGUCAACUUCAUCAAUAAAACUUUAUCGUGAUGAACAUAUGCGUGAAAAAAUGAGAAGAGAAAUAGAAUCACGUGAGGAUACAAUUUUUACUUUACGAUGUGAUCUCGAUUUCUUGAAAGUAACAAAUGGCCAAACUAAUAAUCGAUUGAAAAUCAUGGAGCGAGAACUUAAAGACUAUAGAACUAAAUACAAUGAGCUUGCCAUAAUUGCUGAAGAAUUUAAAACUAUUAUAGAACAACGUAAUGUAGAAAUCGUGAACCUUCAAGAGGCAAACACGGAAUUGAAUCUUAUUUUGAGUGAGAUGCCCAAACCAGAAUCUAAAAAAAAAGAAACGAUAGCUAUGGAGUUUUACGACUUUCCUUUACCGACACCAAACUUCUGUGAUAAUUCAUCGAGCAGUGAGGAAAACUUAGGGAAAAGUGUUAUUGACAUCCAAUUGAAAGAAAAAUGGGCCGAGAACGAUGAACUGAAGGAAAUUUUAAAUACUGUUAGCAGCGAGAAAGAAGAAUUAUUGUCAACAUUGUCGAUUCAAGAACAAAGAAUUGAAGCUCUAGAGGAAGAACUCAAAGCUAAAAGUAGAGAAUGGCAAGAGACCUUCAAUGAGAGUCAUUCUGAUAAAAUGAAAAUACAAGCAGAAGAAAUAAAAGAAUUAAAUAGUUUUAUAGCUGAAAGAAAUAUGAAAAUAGACAAAAUGCUGACAGAAAUUAAAAUAUAUAAAGAUUCUUUAGCCAGUGCAAGUCAAUACGCGGAAAUGUUAACGGAACAAGAAAAACAGAUUUCAUCUUUGAAAAACAAAAUUCGUGAGAAGGAUUCAUUAAAUGAAAAACUUUGUCAUGCGAUUAAUGAGUUGACUGCAGAAUUUAAUGCUGUUAAAGAUGAGAAAAAACAUGCAAUGACCGCCAACGAGAAACAUAUCUUAGACACAGCAGAACGACACUUUAAUCGUUUCAAAAAGAUUCAAGAGGAUGAAAAAUUGUUUUCCAUUGAUGAGAAUAUCACAGUUAUGGAAAAGGUUAAACGAAUCGAAGAGCGUUUUCCUGCUCCUCAGAGUAACAAUCGACGUUUGUCCACAUUCAAAAGAACACGUUUGGAUUCAUCAACAAACCAUGAUGAGUUUAUGUCUUUAUAUUAUAAAAAUAUGGAAUCAACCAAAUGGAAACUUAUUUUAUUCGAAUGGGUCAAAAAGACGGAACUUGUAGAAGUCCUCGGUUCCCUAGAGCACAUCGACCUAAAUUUAUUUUUCAAGAAGUUCAAAGUAAAAUUAGAUGUUAGUGAUCCAGAUUUGAACGAUGACCCGAAACUGUUUUUGUCAGAACAUUUUCCAAACUACGAUGUUUUGGUUGACGAAACGUCAAAUAUAUCAUCUCAGGACUCAAUGUACAUUUUCUCUCUGGUUUUGUAUUAUUCUUGUGUGCUUCGUGUUAACGAAUUCUUUCAACAUGCGUGUCAAAGCUUGGAUGCUCAAUAUCAGCCGUUUGUCUUCAAAUUUUUCUCUUUCCUCAAACAAGCACAAGAGGAUAAAACUCAAAUAACAAAAGAGUUUCUUCGUAAUGCAAUUAAAGAAGCAGUUCCAACAUCACCCAAUCUCCGCUUCAUCAACUGCAUUCCACUGACGACUCCUGUUAAGAGUCCUUCAAGUACAAAAAAGAGUUGCAUCUAUGAAAAGACGAAAGAACUCCAAAGGACAAAAGCAAUGCUUGAGACUGAGCAGUAUGAGCGAAACUUGUUAGAAACAGAAGCUAAACAGAACGAGAAAAGAUUUCAAUCUUUAUUGAAAGAACAGAAACUUUUAAAGCAAGAACUGCACAGGCUGCAAAAUGAACAGACGAUGAAACUGGACACUGAAAAUUUAUCGCCAAAUAAAGAAUUGCGAGAUGAACAACUUCGUGGUAAAAUGAAAAGGGAAAUUGAGACACGCGAGGAGAUUAUUUUUAAUUUACGUUGUGAAAUUGAUGUUUUGACAGCGAAAAAUGAUAAAAGCGCAAGUCGAAUGAUUUUCGUCGAACAAGAACUCAAAGACUGUCGUCGUAGAUAUGGCGAGCUUGAAAUAAUCGCUGAUGACUUUAAACAAGAAAUUGAAGAAAGAGAUAUCGAAAUUCAAUCACUUGGAGAGACAAUCAAUGAAUUGAAAAUGAUAAUUAACGAGAAUCGAAACUCAUCUAAGAAAGGCCUUCAUGAUGUUUCAUCAGAUUGUUUGAAUUUCUCUUUCUCGACCAUCAACACUGUCAACAGUUCUUCGGAAAGCGGCGAAAAUCUUGGACAAUCUGUCAUUGAUGUUCAACUUAAGGAGAAAAUUGCAGAAAUUGCCGAGUUGAAAGAACUUUUAUCGACAAUUACCAUUGAAAAAGAAGAAUUGAAAACUAAUUUGAUGUCACAAGAGGAAAACAUUUCAAUAUUACAAAAGGAAUUGAAAGAGAAAGAAUUCUCGCAUGAAAUGCUUUGCAAUGACAUUCAAUUGUCGAUGACUUCAGUUGAAACUUUGAAAUCGGAAAUGACUGAAAUGACAAAACAAUUUAAAGACCAACUUCAAUUAAAUUCUACGAUGUAUGACGAGAAACUUUGCGAAAUGGAUAAGAAAAUGAGUGACAUGAAAACUUCUUUGGAUGAAAAAUCGGAAAAUGUUAAACAACUCGAAAUUCAAAUUGAAAACAAGGAAAAACUUUUGACAAACCUUAGCAUGACUUUCGAUGAUCUGAAGAACCGAAAAUCUGAAUUGGAUUUGGAGUUGAACGACAAGAAUGAAGCUUUUGAAAAGAUUGUAAGGAAUGUCAAAGAAAAUGAAAAAUUAAUUGAAGAACUUCAAUUCGAAAUCACGUCGCAAAGAUCGGAAAUUGAACAGAAAGCUGAAAUUUUGUCUCAAUUGGAGUCAAAACUAGAAGAAAUUUCCAGAGAUAAAGAAGAAAGUGAAUUGAAGAUUAACAACGCAUUGUCACAGUUGGAGUUCGACUUAAGCGCUAAAAACCAAGCUUACGAGUUGAUGGACAGAAAAGUGAAAGAAAAUCAAGAGUUGAUUGAUAAACUUCAAUCAGAAAAUGCCUCUCAAAAGUCGUUAAUUGAUGAGCAAGCUGAAAACGUUUCUCAACUUGAAGCCAAAGUUCAGACAGUCACAGAUGACAAAGAAGCGAUUGAGAUGAAAUUUAACAGUACAAAAUCCGAAUUGGAAUCAGAAUUGAAAGAGAAAAUUGAAUCACUCGACAUGAUGACAGGAAAUGUUGAAGAAAAACAAAAAUUGAUUAAAGAACUUCAACGUGAAUUCAGAUUACAAAAAUCAGAAGUUGAUGGGAUAUUUAUUAAUUUGUCUGAACUUAAAUCAAACUUUGAAGAAGUUUCUAAAGAGAAGGAAGCGAUUGAGAAGCAACUAGGCAAAGAAAAGUCCGAUUUGGAGUCAGAGUUGGCAGCUAGAAAUCAAGCUUAUGAGUUAAUCAAUAAUAAAGUGAAGGAAGAUGAAGAACUGAUCGAAAAACUUCAAUUAGAAAUUUCCUCUCAAAAUUCAUUAAUUAACGAUCAAAUUGUAAAAAUAUCUGAAAUAGAAGCCAAAGUUCAAGCAGCUACUGAGGAUAAAAAAGCAAUUGAAAUACAAUUGUCCGAUGAAAGAUCUAAAUUGGAAUCUGAGUUGGCAGCUAAAACUCAAGCUUAUGAUAUGAUGACAGAAAAUGAGAAAGAAAAUCAAGAAUUGAUCGAGAAACUCCAAUCUGAGAUCAACUCACAAAAGUUGGUCAUUAGCGAGCAAACUGAAAAUGUUUCGCAACUAAAAAUUGAAGUUCAGACAGUUGCAGAUGACAAAAAAACGAUUGAAAUGCUACUAAACAGCACAAAAUCCGAAUUGGAAUCGGAAUUGAAACUGAAAAUUGAGUUUCUUGACAUGAUCAUGGAAAGAGUCAAAGAAAAAGAAGAAUUGAUUGAGAAACUUCAAUCAGAAAUCAUUUCUCAUAAGUUGAUGGCCGAGGAGAAAGAUGCCGUUGUAUCCCAACUAGAAGUCAAAGUCAAUGAGAUUUCUGCCGAGAAGGAAGCAGUUGAGAUGAACUUCAAUAAUGCCAAAUCUGAAUUGGAGGCUGAGUUGACAGCUAAAAAUCAAACUUAUGAUUUGAUGAUACAAAAUGUCAAUGAAAAAGAAGAACAAAUCGAGAAACUUCAAUCUGAAAUCAACUUCCAAAAAUCUGAAGAUGAAGAGAAAUCGAAAAUCUUAUCAGAACUUGAAGUGAAACUCGAGAAAUCGGAAGAAGAAAAAUCGGAAAAUGACAUGAAGAAUCAAACAAAAAUCAAUGACUUGAUGGCUGAUCUUUGUCUGAAAGAAGCUUUGGUAGUUGAAGAAGUUGAAAGAUUGAAGACAAAAUUGUCAAAUGCUGAUGAGUGCAAUAAUGAAAUGGAAUCUCGUUUGUCAGAAUGGGAGAAGAAAUUCACCGAUCUUGACUCUCAAUACAUCGAAACUCUUGCAUCAACCGACAAACUUUCCAAUGAAAUUUUUGAAUUGAAACGAAAUCUUGACGAAGCAGAAAAAUAUAAAAUUGAAUGUGAAGCUUUGAAGGAAGAAUUCAAUAAAGUAACAUCGCAACUUAAGGAAAAUUCUGCAAACCAUGAAAAGAUCGUUGAAGAGAUUCAAAAAGAAAUUGUCGCAUUGCAAGCUGAAAGAAAUGAACUUGAGAAGAAAGUUACUCAAUUGGAAGCUGAAUUGUCGACAAAAUAUGAUUUGGAAAGUCAAAUUCAACUUAAAUCAACAGAAAUUGAUGAUCUCAACAAUCGACUGACAAUCGUUCAAAAUGAAAACAAAGAAAUGUUGACAACAACUGAAAAUCUUCUCAAGAAAUUCGAAAACUCGGAAAAUAAUCUUUUGGAGUUGAGGGAGGCGAAUGUUAAUCAAUCGAAAGUUUUGAAAGCUGAGAUGGAGGAAUUGAAACUUAAAUUUGAAAAUAAGAUUGAAGACAUGACAUUCAACAACGUUCAACAAAGUGAAGAGUCGCAACGAGUUAUUGAAAGUUUGCAAUUGAAACUCUUUUCGACUGAAACUUCUCACAACGAAACUGUUGAGGCACUUGAUGAAGAGAGAAGCGCUAGACGAAAACUGGAAGCAGAACUUCAAAGUGAAAAGGAAAAUUCCAAGUCAGCUUCAGAAUUGAAAGAUCAACAGUUGGAAACAUUAAACGACGAGUUGCAACAAAUCAAAUCGAUCAAUGAAGCUUUAAGAGAAGACGUCAAUUCAUCAACAAAGAAAAUUGCAAUCUUAACAGCAGAAAUCGAUGAAAUGAAAUCAAUUAAGGAAAGUUAUGAGAAACAAAUCAAUGAGUUGAAUUCAAUUAAUGAAACUUUGAAGAUAUCAAAGAAUGAAAGUGAAGAAAAUUCUUCUCAAUUAAAAGAGCAACUUGAGUAUAACAUUGCAAUAACAGCCGCUUUUGAGACUCAGGUCCGCGAGUUAACGGAUGAGAAGGAGAAAUUGAAUGCCAAACUUUCAUCUCUUGAAAUUCAAUCGAAGGAAAGUCAAAGUUUGUUAAAUGAAAAAAGUUCAACAAUCGACGAAAUGAUUACAAACAUUGACGGACUUAAAGUCAAACAUCGUGAGGAAAUCAACGAUUUAGAACGUCAGAUGGAAGAGAAAGUUCAAUCAUAUCAAGGAAUUGACAAAAAGGUUCAGGAACUCUUAAAGAAGCUUGAAAAUCACAAAGAUUUGGAACAAAAAGUCGCUGAACUUAAUGAGAGACACGAAACCGAAGUCGCUUUGAAUGACAAAAUUCAAGAAGAAAUAAAAAUUUUCAGUGCGAAAAACAUGCAUUUGAAAGCUGAAGUUGGAAAAUUGAAGGCAGAAUCUGAAAAGAAAGUUGAAGCUGUGCGAUUGGAAUCAGAAGAAAAACUCGAGAAGAUAAAGCAGAAAUGUAAUGACAUUUACAAUCAAGGCAUAACUGCAAACACAAAUAAAUUUGAGAAGAAGCUCGAGGACUUGACUAAGAAGCUUGAAAGUUACCAACAACGUAUCGAAGAGCUUUCGGUUGAACGAAUGAAUCUUAAAGAAUAUGAGAAGAAAUAUUUACAUGUGAUGAGAGAAAAUGAAGCGUUAAGGUCAAACAUUCGGUUUAUUGAAAUAAAUGGAGGAAUGCAAAGUAGAGCAAGCAUCGGAAUGUCUCGUGCACCAUCAACAAUGACACAUCUUAAUGGUGCCAACUUUAAAGGCGAAGAUGAAGUUGGGGAAGAGUUCAACAAUAUGUAUUUAGAUCAUCUCAAGUCAGGUGAAAGUGAACUCUCAAUAGACAAAAUUUAUAAAGCUGAAGAAAUUCAGCAUCGUAACUCAAUGUGGCCAAAGCAUUUGAGAGGAUCUUAUGCUAUGUGCGGCAUCGAUCGGAAUAAUAUGCCUGAACAUGAAUUGAGAGAUGGCGGAGAAUAUCUUGACGAUUCAAAAGCAACUCUGCUUCACAAAGAUCAGAAGAAGAAGAUGCCUUCAUAUAGCCGUCCUGGACCUCCAACUCCUAGCAAACAAGGAGGAAAUCGCUUAUCAAUUGGUGGAGCGAAUGACAUUUUUUACAAGCCAAUUCUUCAAGAUGCAACAAAUAAGGAAAAUAUUGGAAAGCAAACACCGACAAAUAAAUUUAGAAGCUUUUUUUCAAGGUCAAAUGAUGAGUUGUCGCCAGCUACGCCACCAACAUCACGUUCUCGUAAGCUUCUGAAAAAGUCUGAACGCGAAGAUGAUGAUGAUGACGAUGAGGAUAAAGUUAAGACAGAAAGAGAAGCAAAAUGGAGAGAGAAACGAUUCGAUCAAUUUAAUCGAAAUCGUUCUUGUUCAGUAUCUGAAACAGAUUUUCCACUUGAUGGAGAUGAUUCCGUUGAGGAGACGACGGCACAAGAUGAUGAUGAGGAAAAUAUCUUGGAAGAUGAUAACGACGAGACUUUAGUACCAAAACAUGGAAGGAAAUUGAACGAUUCUUUGCAAUCAGUACGUGAUCACGAGGAUUGGAUUAAUCAGCGGCAUCUUAAAAGAAGCAAGAAUUUCAAUAACAAUCGACGAAAGUCUUCUGAAGGAAAGAUGAAAGACAAAUCAUUGUCAAUGGGAAGAUUUUCAGAUGAAAAUGAUAAAUUCAAUAGUUGUUCAUCGUUGCGAAGUGAAGAUUCCGCAACACCAAAGAAAAGUUUCAAUGUUAAUUACAUCAACACACAUGAGGCGCUUGUUAAUCGAAUGUCAGAUUAUUAUGUUGCACCACCUCCACGUUCUUUAUCUAAUGAACGUAAAAAUGCUAGUAGUGAUAACUCAGAAAUAUGCAAAAAUCAAAAAACACCAAGACGUCUUUCUCUUUUCAGAAGAAAGAAAUCAGUAACAAUGUACAUAAAGUCUGUUAUUAUUGAUGGAUUUAAAUCUUAUGGACGCCGAACUGAAGUAAAUGGAUUUGAUCCUGAAUUUAACGCAAUUACUGGCUUGAAUGGAACUGGAAAAAGCAACAUUCUCGAUUCUAUUUGCUUUGUUCUCGGUAUUUCUAAUCUUUCGCAAGUUCGCGCGCAAUCUCUUCAAGAUCUUGUUUACAAGAGUGGCCAAGCAGGAGUCACGAAAGCAACCGUCACAAUAAAUUUUGAUAACAGUAAUAAAAGUCAAUGUCCAAUCGGAUAUGAAAAUUGUCAUGAAAUUGCUGUUGCUCGUCAAAUUGUCGUAGGAGGAAAAGGAAAAUAUCUCAUCAAUGGAAAGAAUGCUCAAUAUAAACAAAUUCAAGAUCUUUUUUGUUCUGUUCAAUUGAACAUUAAUAAUCCCAAUUUCCUCAUUAUGCAAGGACGGAUUACAAAGGUUCUCAACAUGAAACCUCCAGAAAUAUUAUCGAUGAUUGAAGAAGCAGCUGGAACAAGUAUGUAUGAGAAUAAAAAAGAAAAAUCGAUGACCUUGAUCCAGAAAAAAGAUAAUCGACUUGAAGAACUAAAUCAGUUGAUUGCUGAAGAAAUCAAGCCAAAGCUAGAGAAGCUUCAAGAGCAACAGCAGCAAUAUUUGAAGUAUCAGAAUAUUUGUCGUGAAAUUGAAUAUUUUACAAGAAUUCACAUCUCAUACAAGUACGUGAAAUGUCUGCAAAGUAUUGAAAAUUCUGAAGGAAUGAUUGCCAAGUUAGAUGGCGAAAUUGAGAAACAUAAGCAGACGAUUGUGAAUAACAACGUUGAGAUUGAAGAGAUUGAGAAAAGAAUUGCAGAAGUUCAAGAACAGUUGACAUCGGAUUCAAACAUCGAACUUAAAGAGCUUGAAAAGGAAUUAGAUGAACUCAAUCAACGUGAUGCUAAAAUAAAGGCAGCAAAUCACUCACUACAGGAAGAUCUUGCAAGUGAUCAACGUAAAUUGAAAACACUUCAAAAUAAUAUCAAAAUUGAUGAAACAGCUCUUGCAACGAAGGAAGAAGAAAUGAACCAAAGCGGCGAUGUUUUUGAGAAACUGAAGGAAGAAGAAGCAAAUGAUUUAAAAGCAUUUCAGGAUGCACAGAAGAAGCUUGAAGCAAUUAAUCUUGGUUUGGCUUUGAACGAUGAAGGUGAAGCAACAUCCUUACAGGAUCAAUUAACAACUGCAAAAUCAAAGAUAGCAGAAGCAGUGUCGACCAUUAAGAACAGUGAAAUGGAACUUAAAUAUUCGAAGCAAACUCUCGCAACAAAAGAAAAAAGCGUCAAAACUAAUGACACAGCUUACAUCAAAGAUAGAGAAAUGAUUGCAAAGCUUGAACAAGAAAUCAAGAGUCAACAAGGAAAGAUGUCGAAAAUCCAAUAUAAAGAAGGAACAAUUGAAAAUUUGUUGGCAAGAAAGGACGAGUUGACUCGAGAACAACGAAAAGUUCGUACAGAACGUGAUCGUUAUGCAAAGUUUGAGUUUCGUUAUGACGAUCCAAUACCAAAUUGGGAUUCACGUCGUGUUAAAGGCUUCGCAGCAAAUCUUUUCCAUAUCAAAGAUGAUAAAUAUUCUCGAGCAUUGUCGAGUGUUAUUGGCGGGUCAUGGAGAAAUGUCAUCACUGACAAUGACGAGACCGGCAAGUUGAUUCUUGAACGAGGAAAUCUUCAAAACCGAACAACAAUCAUUCCACUAUCGAAGGUUAAACCGUUUUUUAUCGAUCAAAGAACUGUUAAUUUAGCACAGAAAUUGGUUGGAAAGGAAAAUGUAAUUCCAGCGAUUGAUUUGAUUGAUUAUCCGAAGGAAGUUGAUUCAGCGAUGAAAUAUCUUUUCGGUCAUUCAUUCAUUUGUAAAGAUUUGGAGACUGGCAAGAAAGUUACUUACCAUAAAGAUAUUCGAACUCGCUCUUACACAUUAGAUGGCGAUCAAUUAGAUCCAGAAGGUUCUUUAUCUGGUGGAGCUGUCCAACAAGGACCACCAAUUCUUGAUGAAGCAGCAAGAUACAAUCAACUUAAGAAUGAAUACGAUAACAUCACACGUGAACUUGAACAAAUCACUCGUGAAAUCAACAACAUUCAAAGAAUCGCUGAGCAAUUUAAAGUGGAGAAAGAUCAAUUGGAUACUCUUCAGAUUCAACUUCAAGCUGUUAAUGAUCGAAUUAAAUCAACAACAUUUCAACAAAAUCACGAUGAGAUUGAAGGACUCAAAGCACAAAUUGCACAAUUGGAGAAAACAAUUGAUGAGUGUCGUGAUGUGAAAUCGAAGAAUGAAACUAAAGUGAAAGAUUUAUCGAUGAAACUUUCAGAUUCAAAAGGUCAUCGUGAACGUGAAAUAAAAUCAGCUGAAGCUGAGAUGAAGAGAACGGAAGAGAAAUAUAAGAAAUCAAGUGCUAAUUGGAAGAAACGUCAACAAGGAUAUGAAACAAUGAAGUUGGAGAUUGAAGAGUUAAAGAAGACAAUUGCUGAAGGUUUAAAUCAAAUCAGUGAAUUGGAAAAGCACAUUGAAGAUCUUCAGAAGCAACUCGACGAUGCUUGCAAAUCUGAUGGCGAACUAAAAGCCCGAAGUGAUCAAUUGAAAGCACAAAUUAAGUCACAUAAAGAUGCAAUUGCAGCACAAAACAAAGAAAUUCGUAAUAAAAAUAUGAGAAAAGAAAAAUUAUCAAAAAAUAUUCUCGAACUUGAAUUGGAUUUAAAGAAGAAGGAAAAUGAAAAAAUUAAAGUUCGAGCUGAUAAUUCUGAAGGAUACAAUAAGAUUAAAGCACUUGAAGAGAAAUAUCCGUGGAUUGAAGAAGACAAAGGUCACUUCGGUGCUAAGAAUACUCGCUACGAUUUCACGAAAGAAGAUCCAAAUAUUGCUGUAAAGAAAUUAAAUUCGUUGAUGGAGGAAAAAGAGAAAUUGAGUCGAAAUAUUAAUCAAGAAGCGAUGAUGUUGUUGGAGAAGGAAGAAGAACAUUACAAGAAGAUUCUUGAACGUCGGGCAAAAAUUGUUAAUGAUCGAAACAAAAUCUUUGAAAGUAUUAAAAACAUGGACACGAAGAAAGUCGAGAACUUGAAGAAAGCUUGGCAUCAAGUAAAUGUCAACUUUGGAUCAAUUUUCAGUACUUUAUUGCCUGGAACAGAAGCAAAAUUGGUUCCACCUGAAGGAACUUCAUUCCUCAAAGGACUUGAAGUCAAAGUUGGAUUUAAUGGAGUUUGGAAAGAAUCGUUGACAGAGUUAAGUGGUGGACAACGAUCACUUGUUGCAUUGUCUUUGAUUCUUGCUAUGUUGAAAUAUAAACCAGCUCCGCUUUACAUUCUUGAUGAAGUCGAUGCUGCUCUUGAUUUGUCACACACACAAAAUGUCGGCGCAAUGCUCAAAGCUCAUUUCAAGAACUCACAAUUCAUAAUCGUGUCACUUAAAGAUGGAAUGUUCAACAACGCCAACGUUUUAUUCCGUACAAAAUUUGUCGAUGGAGUUUCAGGGGUUACAAGAACCGCAAAUCGAAAUUAAUUUUGUGUUUUAUUUGUAAUUAUCGAUAGUCUCGAAAUAAAAUUUUAUUAAUAUGAUUUUUUACAUUUAAAAUUCGAGACAAUUUCUUAAUUAAUUCUUCAGUCCAACCCACCGUCAUAAUGAGAUUUUUAUAUUUUAAUAAUUAUUCAACGAUACUUUUCCAAAAGAGAUGUAAAGAAGCUUGAAAUUGUUAAUCUAGAAAUAAUUAACAAAAUUAUUU